GGUUCUGCUGCCUGCCUUGCAAGUGCAAGGUCCCGAGUUUAAUCCCCGGUACCAAAACAAGAAGAAAGAAUAGAUAAGUUUUGCUGGUUUUGUUUUUUGUUUUGUGGUGCUGGGGAUAUCGAACACAGGACCUGUGCCUGCUAGGCAGACGCUCUCCCUGCUGAACUGCGCCCAGCCCCAGCCCCAGCCCGGGCCACGUUUCGUAGAUCCCUGGCGUGGUGGCCAGCAUGUGGAAAAUGCAGCAUGAAGAGCGUGACAGAAAUGUGUGAUGAGCAGCCUGGUCUACACCAGCAACGUCUGCCAACGGCCCUCUCCUGGGACAGAGGAGCAAGGGCCCAGGGAGCAGCACACCAUAGGGUCCCCAGGUCCUGGCCCCGUGCAGUGCCUCGGGCUGAGCCGCUGUUUCUCCACUCCUUCUCCGUAGGACCAUGGCAGGUCCCCUUGACCUCCUCGUGGGCAUGGUGCUCCUGGCCAGCCCUGCGCUCGGGAUCCCGGCCUGCUCCUCCGAUGGCCAGGUGGCUCUAUUUCGUUUCUGCAACCUCACCCAGGUCCCCCAGGUCCUCAACACCACCAAGAGGCUCCUGCUGAGCUCCAACUACAUCGGGACGGUCACAAGCACGUCCUUCCCUUUCCUGGAGCAGCUCCAGCUGCUGGAGCUCGGGGGCCAGCUGACACCCCUGACCAUCGGGCCAGAGGCCUUCCGGAACCUGCCCACCCUCAGGAUCUUGGACCUGGGUGACAGCAAGAUGCAUGCCCUGCAUCUGGACGCUUUCCAGGGUCUGCCCCAGCUGCUUGAACUUAGACUGUUUUCCUGUGGUCUCUCGGAUGCUGUGUUGAGAGAUGGUUAUUUCAGAAAUUUAAAUUCCUUAACCCACUUGGACCUGUCUGUAAACACGAUUAGCAGCCUUUACCUUCAUCCUUCAUUUCAAGGACUAAAUUCCUUAAAGUCUGUGGAUUUUUCUUUCAACCAAAUCCCCACCAUAUGUGAGGGUGAGCUCAGCCCACUCCAAGGGAAGACGCUGUCUCUUCUCCGCCUCAGAAUGACGAAGGUGUACAUGAGGGGCGUGGACUGGGGGAAGUGUGGGAACCCCCUCCGAAGCCUGCAGCUGGAGACCCUCGACGCUUCUGAGAACGGCUGGACCGUGCCCAUCAUGGGAAACUUCAGCAACGCCAUUGAGGGGAGCAAGGUUUCCUCUUUGAUCCUUCAGUACCACAUCAUGGGGGCUGGGUUUGGCUUCCGUAACAUCAAGGAUCCCGACCGGAGCACGCUUGCAGGCCUGGCCAGAAGCUCGGUGAGGAGCCUGGAUCUCUCGAAGGGGUUCAUCUUCUCCCUGAACCCCCGGCUCUUUGAGACGCUCAAGGACUUGAAGGUCCUGAACCUUGCCCACAACAAGAUAAACAGGAUCUUAAAUGGGGCCUUUGAAGGGCUCGAUGGCCUCCAGGUCCUCAAUCUGUCAUUUAACCUCCUGGGGGAGCUGUAUAAUUCCGACUUCCGGGGGCUGCCCAGUGUAGCAUACAUUGACCUUCAGAGGAAUCACAUUGGGAUCGUUCAGGCCCAAACCUUCAGAUUCCUGGGGAACCUAGAGACCUUGGAUCUCCGGGACAAUGCUCUUAAGACCAUGUCUUUUAUUCCGAGCAUACUUACUGUCUUUCUAGGUGGCAACAAACUGGGGACUUUGCCACACAUCAAUCUCAGCGUUGACUUCAUGCAGUUAUCAGCAAACAGGCUAGAAAAUCUGGCCGAUCUCUACUUCCUCCUCCAGGUGCCUCAUCUCCACACGCUCAUCUUAAAUCAAAAUCGCCUUUCCUCCUGUCCACCAGGCCUUAGCCCUGCAGCGAGCCACAGCUUAGAAAAACUUCUCCUUGGAGAAAAUAUGCUGCAACUGGCCUGGGAAACUGGGCUCUGCUGGGAUGUUUUUAAGGGACUUUCCCGUCUCCAGGUUCUGUUUCUGAAUGAUAACUACCUUAAUUUUCUCCCACCUGGGGUACUUAGUGAGCUGACUUCACUAAGAGGACUCAGCCUCAGCUCCAACAGGCUGACAUCUCUCCCUGCCGGCAGUUUUCCAGCCAACUUGGAGUCCUUGGAUCUCUCUGGAAACCAGCUCCUCUCUCCAGAUCCCAGCUUGUUUGCAUCACUGCAUUUCCUGGACAUAACCCAUAACAAGUUCAUCUGUGAGUGCGAGCUGACCACAUUUAUCAGAUGGCUCAACCAUACCAGUGUCACUCUUGAGGGGUCUCCUGAGGAUGUGUCCUGUGCAUACCCCGCCUGGCUCUCAGAUGUGCCCCUCUAUUCUCUCUCCACGGAGGGCUGUGAUGAAGAGGAAGCCUUGAAGUCUGUGCAGCUUUCUCUCUUCGUCACGUCUGCUGUCACCGUGACUCUGUUCCUCACAACUAUCCUCGUGGUCACAAAGCUCCGGGGGUUUUGUUUCCUGUGCUACAAGACAGUGCAGAGCCUGGUGUUGGGCGACCGACCCCUGAGAAGAGACCCCAACACGUUCAAAUACGAUGCCUAUUUCUGCUUCAGUAGCAAAGACUUCGAAUGGGUUCAGAACGCUUUGCUUAAACAGCUGGAUGCUCAGUACAGCGACCAAAACAGACUUAACCUGUGCUUCGAAGAGCGAGACUUCAUCCCCGGGGAGGACCACGUCGCCAACCUCCAGGCUGCCAUCUGGAGCAGCAGGAAGGUCGUCUGCCUGGUGAGCAGGCACUUCCUCCUUGACGGCUGGUGCCUGGAAGCCUUAGCCUACGCUCAGGGCAGGUGUGUGUCUGACCUCCAGAGCGUGCUCGUGGUGGUAGUGGUGGGGUCGCUGUCCCAGUACGAGCUGAUGAGACAUCAGGCCAUCCGAGGAUUUGUGCAGAAGCAGCAGUACUUGAGGUGGCCUCAGGAUCUCCAGGAUGUGGGCUGGUUUCUCAGUAAACUCACUCAGCACAUACUAAAGAAAGAGAAGGGAAGGAAGGGAGACAGCGCCAUGCAGCUGCAGAUGGUAGCCUCCACCUCCUAGCAAAAACAGCAGCUUGCGGCAUGUCCCAAGCCACAAAAGCUCUGCUCUGUAUUUGUGCCAGCUUGUCAUCUGGGGUCCUUCCGGGGGUCUCCUUCCUGCUAUGAAGACAGUGACUGUGUCUUGGUUUUUCUGUCGAUACCGUGUUUUGUCUCACUGCCCUCCAAAUGGAAAAGAACAGAUCUGGAAAACUGUAGCUGCGCCUGGCAGCUCCUGCUCACUGCUGAUUUCCUCUCUGACCCAGCGACGCCACUGUGUCCUGCUGUAUGAUGCGCAGUGUCCCCUGCGUGGCAGGGGCACCUCGGGAAAAGUUACAGAUGGCUCCAUGCUCUCGCUGGGCUCUGUUCAGGAACUGGCUGGGCAGAGACUCCGAGUGCUCAGUGCCCCGCAAACCAACAUUGAACAGUAAACCAAGGGAAGAAGGGACGUGUGUAGGAAGACGCCCUGUGACACCAGGAUCAGCAGCUGGAAUUCGUUUUGAAGCCAUUUCCCAAGUGUUUUCCACUUUGUUGCUACCUGGACACCCAAGGGACAGGCUGGUGGCGCCUCGUGGGAAGAGGGUCUGGCACGUGGUAGCUGGAGGUGAGGCUCCGGGAUGCCAACAAACUUGCCGGACGAGCACCGAGGUGCCAGCGGGGAGGGAGGGAAGGGCCGCGCUGCUCACUGUUCUGCAGGGUCCCUUCCCUGACCUGUAGUCCCCUGCUUUUGGGUCUGCGACAGGUAGCACACCAUGGCAGGCAGGUGUGCUAGAGCGAGAUGCCCACUGCAAGGCCGGAAAGCGGAGAAAAGACCGGAAAAGGAAGGGGCUUGGGUCUCGUGGAGCCCUCCGAGAGCACAGGCCAGGCCGGCAGCACCCACGAGGUCCCGCCUCCCUGUGGCGCCACGGCGGGGACAACCUUUUAACCCGGGCCUUGGGAGACAUCCCAGGGCCGAAGCUGACCAUCCGCAAGGCCAUCUCUUUGGGGUCAUGCUAAAACAGUGGGAGCUAAUCUAAGACGGCCUCCAGCUUACUGUAUUUGAAACAGAGACUAUUUAGAAACUUUAGAAUGCGGUUAGGGCUGCUGAAAGCUUCAAAGGGAAUCUCACUCAUCACCCCAAAUACAGCCGACUUUGAAAAUUCCUUCUCAACCUCCUGCAUCUACAGUGAAUAAUCUUUGAUAUAAUGUAAAAUGCAAGUGACUUAAGCUUGAAACGAUGGAAUAACACUGUUGGGAACACAGGUGAAAGCUAGAUGUCCAUCUACCACUAUAAAAAUUAUUAUAAAACGCUUAUAACAUGAAGUCCAGAAAUAACAUUCAAGUACAUACUUAGAAGACUGGAAAAGCCAGAAGAAAGAACUUCAGGAAUUGAUGGCGAUGGCCUGAAGGAGCUCUGCCCAGCUCUUCCACCGGAACGUCCAGAAAAGCUGGAGAAAUUAUUUUCGGAAUCUGUUUAAAGGCACUGGAGAGCUGCAAGGCCGUCAGCAGGGCCAAGGGCCAAGGGCAGAAGCGAGAGAGAGGAGCACAGUGCAAGUACGGCCUUCCGCCCGCAGAGGAGGAGCGUCACCGAGAGAGCGGGGGACGUUCUCUCUACACGCACUGAAAAGGAUUCCUAGCGGAUUAGGGACACAUGUCUACAAACCAAGAAGGAAAGGCAACGGAAAAGAAAAGCGGGCAAGAGGACUCAGAAUUUCACAAACGGAUAUCUAGUGUCCAGCAAGCAAAUGAAAAGGACUUUGACCAGUUUAGUCGUCAGAAAAAUGCAAAUUAAACCCCGUGUGCUGCCCCUACACACUGGUGAGCGGUUAAACAAGGGGGGCCAGCAGCAAAGAUGCAGAACAGCGCACCCUGCUGGCUAGUGGGGAGUGCGCAAUGGCGCCACCCGCCAAGGCUGACUUUGUGAUGGGGCGGUGUGCGCACAGGUGUAUGCUCCACAGAACCCAGCAUACCCCCAGAGGCCACAGCAAAAUGUUUGAGCAGCGUUACUGUGGUGGCCGACACUGGAAAUGCCCGCGUGUCUGUUAGCCGUAGAGUGGAUGGACGGGGUAGUUGGAAACUAUCAGAGAUGACAACCAGCUCCAGCUACGUGCAGCAGCACGAGUGACUGCACAAAAUGUUAGGCCACAGAGAUAAAGCAUCAUGAUCAUAUAUGGAGUGGCUCUGUCUUUCCAUGUUUCAGAAAGACAUAACUCACCUGUGGUGACCAUGGCGACGACGGUGGCCGUGGACAAGGAGGGCAGGGGGCUGAGGGGCUUCCGAGGGGCAGUUCUGCCCCAUUCUCCUUCCUGACUGGACGGUUGGUGACAGGUGAGCUCACUUGGUGAUGGUACAGGGUCAUCAAAAUAUACAGCGAACAUUUAGCUUAAAAAUGGGUUACAACAAAACACACACUGCCAUGGAUUCCCCUCACUUCCAACACCCUUAAUCCCAUUGUUCCCGCCACUUUCUGAAGCAGUUCUGCAAGUCCUCUGUUGCAAGUGUCUCUUCAUAGCUGCCCCAAUGUCCUGAUUUGGGUCAAAAUGUUUAUAGCAAUUUCUGUCCAAUAAAAAUAUGACACUGUGUCUUCAUCCACCUUAUCCACUGGCUCUGGCAUCGUGACUUCUGGCUCUUCCCCAAAGCCCAAAGUAAAAAUAACCCUAAAAGGGAAAAUGGAGGCAGCCAGGACAGCACAACUCAAGUCACUCAGGAAAGAGGACUCCAGAGCUGCUGCAGAAAGUGGCAGGAACAAUGGGCUAAGUGUAUCUGUAACGAGGGGAUGGAUUUUGAGGGGGAUUUGUGGUAAAGUGUCUUUUACUGUAACACUUUUUUCCUAAUUUAAAUAU